ACAGGAGCCGGAUCUCUAUCCCAACGUCGGACAGGGAUGGCAAUGGAGGUGGAGGGUCGUGACCCAGACAAGGAUGAAUUCCUGCAAGAAUUCGGCGAAGGCUAUGGCUACCCCGACGGCCCCAAGUCCGUCGAUCAGAUUCGAGCUUCCGAGUUCAGUCGCUUGGAUGGCCUCGUCUACUUGGAUCACGCCGGCGCCACGCUGUACUCCGAGCUGCAGAUGGAAGCGGUGUUCCGACAGCUGACUGCGAACGUUUAUGGGAAUCCUCAUAGCCAAAGUGAUUCGAGCAUGGCAACAGCUGACAUUGUACGAGAAGCUCGGCAACAGGUGCUUGAGUAUUUCAACGCAUCUCCUAAAUACUAUAGAUGCAUAUUCACCUCUGGGGCAACAGCAGCUCUGAAAUUGGUUGGAGAAGCAUUUCCUUGGAGCCACCAAAGCUGUUUCAUGUACACGAUGGAAAACCACAAUAGUGUCCUUGGAAUCAGAGAAUAUGCUUUGGAGAAAGGAGCUGCAGCAUGUGCAGUAGAUAUUGAGGAAGAUGUGCGUGAUGGAAGAUAUCCGGUGAAGAUUUCACAACAUCCACUAAAGAGGAGGUUCUUUACAGAUAAUGAACCUGCAGGAGCUGCUUACAGCUUGUUUGCCAUGCCUUCAGAAUGUAAUUUCUCAGGGGUGAGAUUCAACCUUGACUUGGUUAGGAUUAUUAAGGAAGAUUCAGAAAGAGUACUGGAAGACUCUCAUUUUCACAGGGGAAAAUGGAUGGUUUUGAUUGAUGCUGCAAAAGGAUGUGCUACGAGAAAACUAGAUUUAUCUAAAUAUCCUGCUGAUUUUGUUGUCCUAUCAUUCUACAAGUUAUUUGGCUAUCCAACAGGACUUGGUGCUCUCAUAGUCCAUGAAACUGCUGCCAAAUUGCUGAGGAAGACCUAUUUUAGCGGAGGAACUGUUGCAGCUUCAAUGGCUGAUGUUGAUUUUGUUAAAAGAAGGGAAGGCAUUGAGGAGUCAUUAGAAAAUGGCACCUUGUCAUUUCUAAGCAUUUCAUCUAUUCGGCAUGGUUUUAAAGUGCUUAAUUCCCUCUCUAUGGAAGCAAUAUCAAGGCAUACAGAAUCACUUUCCGCGUACUUGAGGAAGACACUUUCGAACUUGAGGCACGAAAAUGGAGAUUAUGUUUGCAUUCUUUAUGGAGUUCGAAAUUCAGUGGAUAUAGGUCCUACUGUGUCAUUCAACUUGAAAAGACCAGAUGGCUCUUGGUAUGGAUACCGCGAGGUUGAAAAGUUGGCUUCUCUGUCUGGAAUUCAACUCCGGACAGGUUGCUUUUGCAAUCCUGGUGCAUGUGCCAAGUAUCUUGGUUUAUCUCACCAGGACCUUCUUUCUAACGUUGAGGCUGGCCAUGUUUGUUGGGAUGAUAAUGAUGUCCUGCAUGGAAAACCUACUGGAGCUGUUAGAGUAUCCUUUGGCUAUAUGUCAACAUAUGAGGAUGCAAAGAAAUUUAUUGAUUUCAUUAAGAAGUCUUUUGUAUGUAUGCGGGACCACCCUACGAGUUUGUAUAAGUCAACAGUACAAUCUGACUUUUAUGGGGGGUUUAAAGGAAUGCCACAGAAUGUUGGAAUUCAUGUCAAAUCCAUUAUUAUCUACCCAAUAAAAUCAUGCACAGGAUUCAGUGUUGAGAGCUGGCCUCUAAGCAGUACUGGUCUUCUACAUGAUCGUGAAUGGCUUCUCAAAAGCCUGGCGGGCGAAAUCCUUACACUGAAGAAGGUUCCUGAAUUGUGCUCUAUAAGUGCUUUUGUUGACCUCAAUCUGGCGCUUUUGAUUGUGGAAUCGCCACGUUGCAAAGAGAAGCUGGUGAUCAAUAUUAAGUCAGAUUCAUUUCAUCACACCGAAGAAGAGAUUGGUUUGCAUGCACAAAGGUAUGUAGUGCACAGUUAUGAUGAAGACGUCAACACGUGGUUUAGCAAUGCCACUGGGCGACCAUGCAUCUUACUACGGAGUUCUAGUUCCAAUCAUCAUAUCCACUUCAAGAGGGAAAAUAGCGUGGACAUGUGCCGAGAUGUGAAGAGUCGGUUGAAUUUUUCCAAUGAAGCUCAGUUCCUGUUAAUCUCGGAGGAGAGCAUGUCUGAUCUUGAUAGCAGAGUGAAGUCAAAUGCAAAAAAUGUUGCUCGGGGAGCAUCACUCAAUAUGAGCUCAAACAGAUUCCGGCCUAACCUUGUCGUUGCUGGUGCGGAGCCUUAUGCCGAAGAUACCUGGAAAAAUCUUAGAAUUGGGGGGAAAUUUUUCACUUCGUUAGGUGGGUGCAAUCGUUGCCAAGUGAUCAACUUAAUUAAUGAGGGAGGAAGAAUUCUUAAAUCAAAUGAACCAUUGGCCACUUUAGCAUCGUACAGGAGAAUGAAGGGAAAGAUUCUGUUCGGUAUACUUCUGAGAUGUGAGGGUGUUGACGAAGUCGAGCUGGGAAAGGAUCUGUGGCUUCGAGUGGGAGAUGAAGUGCAUCCAGAUGAAAAUUUGAAUGGACGGCAGCCCCCCCAAGCUCCCACCUCCCAGAGACAGAUGACGUAAAGAUGGGAGAUGUGACCCUGAGAUUCUUGUAGUUGUUACGACCAGAACUGUAAGCAGGUGGUGAAUAAUUCAACAAGUUCUUUUUUGAAUUCCUAUGCGUGCAAUUCCCUCCACACCAGAGGAUUUUAUCAUAUUUUUUUUGUAUAUAAUUCUUGAUACAAUUUCAUAAUUUUUGAUAUUCUUGUAGACCUUCGGAAUAAUUUUGAGGUUGCGCAAACCAAAUAGAAUAACGACCUUGCAUUGUAACCAAGUCUGAAAUCAAGUGGAUUAAUUUUUGGU